CUGCAUUGCUUUUCCAGGUCACAGCGAAGACAGCCUUCCUCUUUAUCUUACCUCAGUAUAAUGUUAGUGUGCCUAUAGCAGAUGGAGAGCUGGUCCAGUACCACUAUGGGCUCAAGGAUCUGGUCACCAUCCUCUUCUACAUCUUCAUCGCCAUCAUCCUGCAUGCAGUGGUGCAGGAAUACGCUCUGGACAAAAUCAACAGACGCCUGCAUCUCUCUAAGGUCAAACACAGCAAGUUCAAUGAGUCAGGGCAGCUGGUUGCCUUCCACCUCACCUCUGUGAUUUGGUGCUUGUAUGUUGUAGUGACGGAAGGAUACAUAUCAAACCCUCGGAGUUUGUGGGAAAACUACCCCCAUGUUUAUCUUCCGUUCCAGGUGAAAUUCUUCUACCUGUGCCAGUUGGCGUACUGGCUGCAUGCCCUGCCAGAGCUCUACUUCCAAAAAGUUCGUAAGGAGGAGAUCCCACGCCAGCUGCGCUGCAUCACACUCUACCUGGUGCACAUCACUGGUGCAUACCUGCUCAACUUAACCCGCUUGGGGCUGAUCCUCUUGCUCUUGCAGUACUUAGCCGAAUUCUUCUUCCACAUGGCCCGGCUGGUCUGCUUCACAGAUGAGAACAACGAGAAGCUGUUUAAUGUCUGGGCUGUGGUGUUUGUGGUCACAAGGCUCUUCACCCUCACCUUGUACAUCCUGGUCAUUGGCUUUGGGCUGCCACGGGUUGAGAGCCAAGCCCUGGACCCCGAGAGAGAGAACUUCCUCAGCUUCUUCUUCAACAAUAUCCUCUUCAGAAUGAGUGUGCUGCUGUUGGUGUGCCUCUUCCAGGCCUCAAUGAUGUGGCGCUUCAUCCACUUCCAGCUGCGGCGCUGGAGGGAGUACUGUAACGAGCAGAGCAGUCGGAAGAGAGCAGCCGCCACCGGCACCAAGCAGCAAACCAAACCGCUCAAGAGGGACACAGGUUACCAUGAAAAUGGAGUGGUAAAAGCGGAGAACGGCACCUCACCUCGAACCAAGAAGCUGAAGUCACCAUAG